AUGCCUGCCAGAAACAAGGAGCAAGAACAAGAAGUCCUCAACUGGAUAUCUGCUGUCAUUGGGGAACCUUUACCAAAUGGCGCAUAUGAGGACAUCCUGAGGGAUGGUAUCAUCCUUUGUAAACUCGCUAAUAAACUCUCCCCAGGAUCCGUGAAGAAGAUCCAGGAAAAGGGAACUAACUUCCAGCUUAUGGAGAAUAUCCAACGGUUCCAAGCUGCUAUCAAGAAAUAUGGAGUACCGGAGGAGGAAAUCUUCCAAACCGCUGAUUUGUUUGAGAGGCGUAACAUUCCACAGGUCACAUUGUGCCUUUAUGCCUUAGGAAGAAUCACACAAAAGCACCCAGAAUGGACCGGCCCUCAGCUAGGCCCCAAAAUGGCUGAUAAGAAUGAGCGUACCUUCACAGAGGAGCAACUCAGAGCCCACAAUGCUGAGCUCAACCUUCAAAUGGGUUUCAACAAAGGUGCUUCUCAAGCUGGUCUCGGAUCUUUUGGCAACACCCGCCAUAUGUAA